AUGUCUGACACCGGCAGUGACGAUCAUCGUCCCCCGUUUCCUCCUCAUGCUCCUGUUUCGGGGCCAAACGAUUUACGACAAGGGGCUACCGGGGAUGAGAACGCUGUGCCUCCUCCCUCAGAAACGGGCGGUCGUAGACCUCUGCAGGGUGAGAACAAUCCCGAUGUCGGGACCCCGUUUGCCGGCGUGCCGGUACAACAUCCCGCGGAGCCUGAUACAGUUUCGGGGUCAAAGGUCGCAUAUCGAACUCCAUUGGCGCGAGCUGCGGGGAGAGGUCUUUUGGAUUCCGUUGGGGCUCCUUACAUUGAGGAUGGCGAGGUUAUUGUUCCAAAAGAAGGGGGUCAUCAGAAUGCGUAUAACGAUGUCGAAAUCGUUCCAAUUACCACAGAAAGCCCAACCGCCCAGGGGUUUCUGAAAUACCUCGAAGCGUGGUCCGAUUUGAAAGCUGCGUCAACCAAGGAGAAGGUCAAACCGAUUAUAGACCUGUUGAAAACGAAAGGCGAAAUCAUCGGUAGAUUGGCUGAACCCUGCUCGAAUUGUUUGGAGAUGCUGAAGGAGUGGAAGGGCCCAAUUGUAAGAUUCUCCGGUUCUCGUAAGGUGUGGAUCGCUGGCCAGGGCACCUGUAAUCUAUGUGCGGACUCCCGCGUUGGACCUCGGUCCCAGUUGAAACUCUCGAUGGCGCAGUUCUCGGCUCUUUUUCCCCCUCUCCAUUCGGCUUUGGCCCAUUUGGCCGAGGCAGGCAAUCAUCUACAUCAGCCGGCAAAUCGUGAUUUUCAACAUGUGGAUAUUGCGUAUGCUAUGGUGGAGAAAGUCGCUCUAGUAGGCUAUUAUACUUUCGGGGCCGUUGACGGAGCGAAAAUACAGGGUGAAGACAAGCGAGUUCCCAGUCGUACAUUCGGAGAGUGGUCGUCGUAUUAUCUAGACGACCAUAUCACAGUUGGAUCGUGGCAAUUCAAGCCUCCCCGACCGGGUGCCAAGAGAACCGUUUCCCCCUUGCCCGCAGGGACUUCGUCCAUUCCCAGGGCGAAGAAGGCCAAGACGAGAAAGGGAAAGGCCCGUGAGGAUUCUCCCCACACAGAUGACGAUGGGCUAGUACGAUGGGAGUCCCCCAAAUAG